AUGUCGCGAGAACUAUUGAGUGCACACAGCUUAUUCACUGAGAAACAGAUGCACCAGAUUGUAAGUAAAUCUCUUGGUUUACGGUGCGCUGAUGGCUGGCAAGUGAUAGCCUGUGACCGGCGGCCGGCGAGCGCCGGUCUGGUGGGCUUCCUGGGCGACCACGCGCGUGUUACACUGCACGUCAAGUGCAAUGGCCUCGUCAAGAAGAUACGACUUUUCGUGAAGACCAUGCCCGCCGCCAACCCUCCCAAAGCACAGCUUAUCGACAGAAACUUUUACUUUAAGAGGGAGGCGAUGGCUUUGCGGCUGGCGGAGGAAAUGCGCGGAGCGGACGGUCCGAAUCCGUGGACAGUGCGGGCGUAUCUGUGUAACGACCGUAUGAUAGUGAUGCCGGACUUGGCGACGCAGGGCUACCGCACUCUACCGUACAACGAGACGCUUUCGCUCCCGCACGCGUUGAUCGCCGCCGCCGCCCUCGCGCGCUUUCACGCCGCCUUUGCCAAUUACAUUGCUGCGAGGACCGCCCGCGACGAAAUCCCAUAUAACUUCUUGCAGGAGCACGGGGACAUCAUGACCGAACCCACUUUCUGCGAUUCGCCCUGGAUGAGAGCGGCCGCAAAACUCAGUUACAACCUGCUAAAAACACAUUCUAACAAAUUUGAGCAGUACCCACAAAAUCUGGAGGCUCUCCUUACACAGCGGUACCUGGAGGCGUGCGCCACGCUCUCCGAGCACGAGAACACGCUAAACGUAAUACUGCAUAAGGACAUGUGGAUCAACAACAUUAUGUUCAAGUACGACGGCAACGUGCCGACGAACGCUCUACUGAUAGACUUCCAAUGCCUGCGCUACGGCCCGCCCGCUUUCGAUCUCAUGGUAUUUCUGUACUUGACGACGGAGCGCGAGUUUAGGGAGCAGCACGAAGAGGAAAUCAUUCAUCACUACUUCACCAUCUUCUCUGCGACUUUGGAGGAAAAGACGAAGGUCGGUUUGAAAGAUAUGAAGUACAACAUGGAGGAGUUGGUGCAGUGGUGCGAGAGGAGCCGGAUGUUCGGCAUGUUCGAGGCGCUCGGCAUAUUCCCGUUCGUGCUGAUGGAGCCGCUGGCCGCGCAGCAGACGUUCGACGAUGCUGACACGUUUGUGCGCUACUGCGAGGAGGACCGCAGCGCGCCGGUGCUGGCGCACUGCCGCCGCGACCCUGACUACCUGCGCCGGCAGCUGCACGUCACCGAGGAGUUCAUCGAGCGCUACAUUAUGCAGCAUUCCACAUCAUCGCACACUGUUACAACGUAACGUUUUAUAAGAUUAAGAAACGAAAGGCAUAAGCCAUUUUUUUUAACUAAGUAACUUAAUGUGGUAUAGCAUUGUGUACGAAUGCUUUAAAAAAGAAAUAUUAUAAAAGAUUGAAUACUUUGUUCUUUUUUUUUUAAUGUUGUUUUCAUUGCAUAUUGACUUUUUCACUUUCACUUCACUUUAUUUAGGGGCUCGUUGGACUCAUCCGCCAAUGAUCCAUGUGUGCAAAAAAAAAUGUCGAAGUAAUUGCACAAGGUUUGUGAAUGUCGAGCGACUUCGGAGUCUGUUUAAGGCAGAGCAGCUCUCCAUACCUGGACACACCAUAUGGUCGGCUCACUCAUUGCCUCAUUUACUUUGUGAUGUACUCUUACUGACUUAAUGACCCUUCAAUCGUUUUUUUUUUUACUUAUUUAUGACAUGUGACUGGAUUACUUACUAUGUCGAUAUCAAUGAUAAAAAAUGUUCAAUAUUUCUGCUUAGCAAAGACUAUUUUGUGUGUUCUUCUAAAAUGACCUUCCAGAUUCAAAGUCUGUGUAAUCCUGUAACAUACCAAGGUACGAGGUAAAUUGGACUGCAUAAUGCAGCAAUUCGCAUCAUAACCACUAACAACA